AUGGUCAAAGUCAAAGUCGAAUUCCACACCGAACAACGGUAUAACGGUACAAAUUCAAUGGUGGAGGAAGAGGAAGAGGAAGAGGAAGAGGAAGAGGAAGAGGAAGAGGAAGAGGAAGAGGAAGAGGAAGAGGAAGAGGAAGAGAAAGAGAAAGAGAAAGAGAAGAAAAAGGGAAAGAAAGGUUCAUCCCAACCUUCAUCAUCCCAAGCCUUCAAGCCUUCAAGCCUUCACGGUCAUAUCUGGUCAAACACUCAAAAGGCCUCGAUGAAGACUCCAGAGUCCAAACUCAAGAGUGAGUGA